ACUGCCUCCCGUGCGGCUGGGACGUUCGCGCUCCGUGCAGGGAAGUGGGUGCUGCAGACGUGGGCACCGCGCACGCGUGGGGAGCGGCCCCCGGGGAGCCCGCGCCGGCAGGACUGCGGCCUAGCGCCGCGUGGCGACAGGUGUUCUGGGGCAUCCCUGUCACGUGACCGGGGAGCCCGGCGCGCCCAGCACCUGGAGGGGGCGGGGCUCGUGCAGGCCACGCCUCCUCCGGUCCAGGACCUGAGGACGGGGGCGUGGCCAAAGAGGCGUACCUCGAGGGUCUCAGCUGGGGAGGGCCCGGGAAGGGUGCUGGGCACCCUCAAAUUAGGGGAGGAAUGGGGGAACACCCGCCCUCGUACUACUAUGGCAAUAAGAAAGAGGGUGGCGCCCCUGGGAACCGAGGCCCUGGAGGAGAUGGAGGCGUUAGGGAUGCCUGGGGGGAGCCCCAGAUUCGAGGUUGAAAGGAUGAAGGCAGGCAAAUGAGCUCAGAGGGCCUUGGGGUGUGGUCCUGGCCCGACUUCAGAUUGCGGUGGGCGAGCCCCUGCCCCUCUCUCGGUCCCCAGCCCUUCGCCCAUCUCCCCGGUCCUGGAGGGACCAACCAGGGUGCAAGGCCCCACAUCCCUGGUCUGCCACAGGAUGAGCCUCUUGGCCGCGGCCGGGCUGUGGGGCCCGCCCGGGCUGCUCCUGACCUUCGCCCUGCACCCGGCUCUGUGCUUGCGCCCAGCCCCGACCUCGGGGCCCCCGCACCGGGACUACUGCGUCCUGGGCGCCGGGCCCGCGGGCCUGCAGAUGGCCUACUUCCUGCAGCGGGCCGGGAGGGACUACGCGGUGUUUGAGCGCGCCCCGCGGCCCGGCAGCUUCUUCACGCGCUACCCACGCCACCGCAAGCUCAUCAGCAUCAACAAGCGGCACACGGGCAAGGCCAACGCCGAGUUCAACCUCCGCCACGACUGGAACUCUCUGCUCAGCCACGACGCCCGGCUGCUCUUCAGACACUACUCCAGCGCCUACUUCCCCGAUGCAGGCGACAUGGUGCGCUACCUGGAUGACUUCGCAGACAGGCUGGGGCUCCACGUGCUGUACAACACGACCAUUGCCCACGUCACUCUGAACAAGGAUCGGCAGGCCUGGAACGGCCAUUACUUCAUCCUGACGGACCAGAUGGGCCACGCACACCGGUGCAGUGUCCUUCUGGUAGCCACCGGUUUGUCGGUCCCCAACCAGGUUGACUUCCCGGGCUCCGAAUACACGGAGGGAUACGAGUCUGUGUCCGUGGACCCCAAGGACUUCGAGGGUCAGAAUGUGCUGAUCCUGGGGCGGGGGAACUCUGCCUUUGAGACCGCAGAGAACAUCUUGGGUGUCACCAACUUCAUCCACAUGCUGAGUCGCUCCCGCGUCCGGCUGUCCUGGGCCACCCACUAUGUUGGAGACCUCAGGGCCAUCAACAACGGCCUGCUGGACACCUACCAGCUGAAGUCCUUGGACGGGUUGCUGGAGUCCGACCUGACGGAUCUGGCCAUCGUGAAGGACCGUGAGGGCAAGUUCCGCGUCACCCUGAAGUUCUUUCUGGAGGAAGGCAACCAGAGCGCCGACGCCAUCACCCUCCCCCAGGACGACAAUGACAACUUCGCCAUGCGCGUGGCCUACGACCGGGUCAUCCGCUGCCUGGGCUGGAACUUCGACUUCUCCAUUUUCGACAAGUCCCUCCGACUGUCUUCUGGGGGUGAGUUCAGCAAGAAGUACCCGCUGGUGAAAGCUAGCUAUGAGUCCAAAGGAAGCCGGGGUCUCUUUGUCCUGGGUACCGCCAGCCACUCGGUGGAUUACCGGAAAUCGGCCGGGGGCUUCAUUCAUGGAUUCCGAUACACAGCGCGUGCCGUCCACCGCCUGCUGGAGCAUCGCCACCACGGCGUCGCCUGGCCCUCCACCGAGCACCCCAUCUCACAGCUGACGAGCUCCAUCGUCCGGCGCAUCAACGAGGCUUCUGGGCUCUACCAGAUGUUCGGCGUGCUGGCCGAUGUCGUCCUGCUGAAGGAGAACGCCACGGCGUUUGAGUACCUGGAGGAGCUCCCCAUGCAGAUGCUGGCCCAGCUGGAGACCAUCACAGGAAGGAGGGCCAGGCACGGGCUCUUCGUCAUCAACAUGGAGUAUGGCAGAAAUUUCUCUGGGCCCGACAAGGACGUCUUCUUUCAUGACCGGUCCGUGGGGCACACGGAAGAUGCGUGGCAGUCCAACUUCCUCCACCCCGUCAUCUACUACUAUAGGCACCUCCCCACUGAGCAGGAGGUGAGGUUCCGCCCUGCCGACUGGGCCCUGCCUCGGCCCACAGCCAUCCACCACAUCGUGGAAGAUUUCUUGACGGACUGGACCGCCCCGGUGGGGCACAUCUUACCUCUGAGGCGCUUCCUGGAGAACUGUUUGGACACCGAUCUGCGAAGCUUCUAUGCAGGUUUCGGGAGUACACGAAGACGACCGUGCCUGUUAGGGAGUGUAUCCCACCCUGGGGCACGGCCACCACAGUGCGUCAUCCGGGCCCUGCAGCCUCCUGGCUCCCACCCCCCAGAUCCUGCUCAGCACUGCAAGCCGCUGAGCGUCACUGCCUUCACCUUGGAAGAGUCCUCCCGCCUCGGGGCCAGCUGGCAGGGAAGCGGGCUCUCCUCCACCCCCUUAGCUGAUGUGCAGCUGCUAGCUUUGGCCCCUGAUUCUGCUGGGCUCUUCCGCCCCCUGGCCCCUGCAGAAGGGGUGACGUAUGUCACCGGAAGGUGGUGCUUGCCAAAAGUCUGCCGCUCCGCCGUCCUCCCCUGCACCUGCGGUCUUCCCUGCUCAGGACCGUUCUCCCAUGGGCCAUCCGUGCAUAAGUCAGAAAUAAAAUAGGAAAUACUAUCCAUGUAGCUCCCUACAGCCUGUUCACCCAUGCAAGCCUCACAACGUCCUUUGUAACGUGCCUGUUUGUGGCGGGCGGAGGAGGAGGGAGGGAGGGGGUUGUUUUUUGUUUUUGAGAUAUAAGCCUCAAGACAGUUUUGGACAUUUGCUCCUUCUCAUCUUGUCUCUAAAUCCCUGAGAAGACUGAGCCCCUAUCUGUUUCGUCUUUUCUGUUUUGUAAGUGAAAGUUACAUAAGCGCUUAGCUAAAAGACUUCUCACUUACACCCUCGUUCCCCAGAAGGAACUGCUUCUUGCUCUUCUGGUGGUUUCUUCAUACCUCUGAAUCAUAAACAUCCACAGCUGUUUCCUGAUAGAGCAGACUGGAUCUGUGUGCCAACUCUCUGCUGUGGUACAGACGAGGGUUUACCAGUUUCCCCUGCCCGCCCCGCAUGGUGCUUAGAACACAGUGCUUCGCACAGUGCUUUACACACAGUAUGUGCAACCCAGACAUUGCUGAGGUGGAUAAAUCCUCGCAGGCAGCUCUGAGCUCAGAAUAGGACUGACCACCCAGCUUCUGGCCCCAGCCAGGCCAGCUUCUAGAAGAAAAGGCUGAGGGGUCUGCUUCAGGGUGGCUGAGCUCCCAGCUGGGGCUGGCUCCCUGCAGAGCACCGUGUUGGGCCCAGACCCCUGGGAGCUGAGUCAUAUCUGUGGUUUUUGCUUUCCAUUUGGAGCCUUGUUCUUCCAGAAUGUCCGCGAAGCCUCCUAUUCUUGGAACCUCGGGGAGGGACGAGAUCCGUGGCUACUCAGAUCGGAUGGGAGGUACCCACAAAAGUGAGCUCCCAGCUCAAGGCCUGGGUGAGGCCCCGGGACGUCGGCAGCCCCUCCUCCUCUUCCAUCUUAUUCAUUUAUCUCCUUUUGCUUCUGUGUAGAGUCCUGCUUCCUGUUUGCCCUAACACACCAGAAGCUGCCUCCCUUCUGCCAGCAGGGGUACCUGAGAACGCAGGGGCUCGUGGGAACU